UUAAAUAGUGGAGUAGAGUGGUGUUCUUUUUUAUUAUUUGAUUUAUUAAUUAUUAUUUGACUUUUUAUAAGUUGUGUAGAUGGUAGGUUUUUUUUAAGCAAAGUAUAAGGGAGUUCUACUCCAGUCUAGUAGAUGGCGGUAAUGCAAACAUUUAUUGGAUGCCAACCACCGUUAAAUCUAAUCGAAGAAGUACCUCACUGUACUUGCGUUUUUUAUGAUUACAGAAGAUAAAGUUGGACGCAAGAAUGUAUACAACAGCGUGCUUCAAAUAACAAGUGACUGUGGAGGAUUUCAUAAACAUUGGCUAGUAGGCUGGAGAGCAGCUAGCAAUCUAACUAGCUAAAACAGCAGUCUAACGUUCGCUGGCUUGAUAAAACAUUUUACAUUAACUUUACCUAGCUACCUGCCACAUUAUCUAUCCAGCUGCAAGAUAUUGUGCAAAGCUCAGUCUGCGUUUCGUCUUGCGAUACAAAAUUGGAGCAUCAUGGACAAGGCAGAUUUCUUAAAGGGUCUCCCUGUUUACAACGAGAGCAAUUUCAGCCUGUUCCAUGCAGACCCUGUGUGCAAAGCAUCGAACCGAAGACCGUCCGUGUACCUCCCGACCUGCGAGUACCCCUCAGAACAGAUCAUUGUCACGGAGAAAACAAAUAUCCUCCUUCGCUACCUUCACCAACAGUGGGACAAAAAGAAUGCAGCGAAGAAGAGGGAACAGGAUCAAGGAGAGGGAGGGAGUCCAGCACCUCCACACAAAAUUGCAAGGACAGAUAGCCAAGAGAUGAACGAGGACUCUUAGGAGUGUGUGUACGGAUGCGUGCAUCUGGAGGAAGUACAUACAGGCACACAACAGACAUGACUAUAAAGACAUACGAGACACUCACACUUUGACAAACAACCUGAGAAAAUGUCCACCCUGGUUUGGGAAAAUGAAAAAAACAGUGGCUUUUUUUGUUACCUUCAAAGAGUUUCCUGCCUUGUCUAGUGCCCUGUUUUCAGCUUCACUGCCUAGCCCUGACCACAUGGGGCACUGCAACAUCUUUCCACACAGUUUGCUUCAGCAGACCCAAUACACUGAACUUCUGCCUGCCACAGCAGGGGAGGACCCAAGGAUGUAUAUAAACCCUGGAUUGAUGAUGCAAUGUAUUGGCCAUUGAGAGGCUUUGAAGCCACUGGUCGGCCAUAUUGGCAAUCUCCAGUAGGAGCAGUCCGCCGUAGGAAUUAAUGGAAUUCAACAGUAUUUCAAUUAAAUGUUUGAAGAACAAAAUUACAUUCAUUUCAUGCAUUUUUAGUUGUAGUGGGGACAGUAACCCUAGUACUCUGAAAAAUAUAUAUUUGUUUUAUAUGUUUAGCUCAAAUAAUAUAAUGUAAAAGUAUGCAUUAAAGUGUCUAAUAGAAGUGUCAAAAAUGAAUGUGGCUUCCACAAUCUUUUUUUCCAAUGGAAAAUUACUAAGAUGGCUGCACCGAGGCUUCAAUACAGUGCCCCCUGUCAGUCAUCCAGGGUUUAUACACAUCAUUGGGAAGAACCCUCCCCCCUGGACUUAAUGUUCAACGUGCAUUAUCUUCCAUUCUGCUCUGGAUUUGUUUGUGUUUUAAGUUUGCUGCUUGUUUUACUGUCAAUUCUAGUUCUGACAUGUUAACUAGGACAAGUCAGUUAAGAACAAAUAAUUUUUUACAAUGAUGGCCAAACCCGGACGAUGCUGGGCCAAUUGUGCUCCGCCCUAUGGGACUCCAAAUCACGACUGGAUGUGAUACAGCCUGGAUGACAAGUGACUCAACAGUUUACUAGCUUAGUUUGAAUUUUUGCUGCUUUCUGGCAAAGUAUCCCUGUUAAAAAAAUAAUUAUAAUAUAAUGUCAAGCCAAAUUGUUUUAGUCACAGGUGUUGACUAUUCAGUUUGCUAGAAUUGCUUUUCAAUUUGUUUACACUGCAAUCGAUGGACCCAUUAGGUAUUUUUGUUAAACUCAAAAGUUAUAGCACCGGUAGAACAAUGAAUAGUAGCCUACAUCAAUAUGAGGGGUAGAGAGAAUGUUGUAUUCAGUAUGAAGACCUACAGUGCCUUGUGAAAGUACACACCCCUUGCACAUUCUUUAUAUUUUUGCUGCCUUAGAAUUAAAUCUAAAAAGGAAUGAAAUUAGAUUUAAUCCUGUGUUGUCUUUUUAUAUAGCAAAAUGUGAAGACUGCAACGGGUAUGUAGACUUUCACUAGUGACUGUAUGUAAAUAUAAUAGCCAGUGCCGGCUGUUAAAUAUCAAGCCAAGACCUUAAUAUCUGUCAAAAUAAAUUAUUUUGAAUCUGUCUUUUGUAAAAUGAAUACAUGUAUCUACAUGGAUAUUAUACUAGAUGCUGUUAUUAAAUGUUAAGAGAAGCACUGCUA